AUUUAAUAAUCACUGACGAUUCUGCACUAUCUCGUCCCUAUUUUUUCUAUUUUUCAACUUUCACUCAUUCCAAACAAAUCAUUAAGAUACGUAUAUACACACGCAUCUCUCAGUGAUAACCAAUUGAACUUUUCGAUAAAUUACUUAAUAGUAACAAAAUAAAAAGUAGUGUCGCACACAAGAAAAUGCGUCCUAAAGUUUACCAUUGUCUGAGUAUAGCAAGAAGAUUCCUGCAUUCAGACCAAUCGUUGAAGGUAGGGGUUCUAGGAGUGCCCUUUGACAAGGGCCAAGCUAAGAAGGGUGUAGGGAAUGGACCAGAGUUCAUUAGGAAGAAGGGACUAUUGGAAAGAAUAGCAGAAAUAGAACAAAAAAUAGACGUCAAAGACUAUGGAGACGUUUCCUACAAAAUACCAGACGAGCUACAAAAAGAAAUUGUACCCAACAUGAAAGCGUAUGCUGACAUCGCUGCUUGUAAUUUUGAGGUAUCCAAAAUGGUCGAAGAUAUCAUUAAAACUGGCAGAAUUUGCAUUACCCUGGGUGGAGAUCAUUCUUUGGGUGUGGGCACGGUCGAUGGUCAUAUAAAAGCCAAAAACGAAAACGUUUGCGUCAUUUGGGUGGAUGCUCACGCUGAUCUGAACACUAACAAGACUUCAAGUACGGGAAACGUCCACGGUAUGCCAAUGGCGCUGUUGGCAACAGAACUGUCAGACUACUGGCCCUAUUUGCCUGGAAUGGACUGGCAGAAACCUGUUCUGUCACUCAGAGAUGUCGCUUAUAUCGGUCUGAGGUCUGUCGAUACUUAUGAGCGAUUGGUUAUCGAUAAAUUGGGAAUCAACGCUUUCGGUAUGGAAGACAUUGAAAAUUUCGGGAUCAACACUAUAGUAGAGAUGGCUUUGAACAAGAUCGAUCCGGCCGGUGAGAAAUCGAUACACGUCAGUUUCGAUAUCGAUUCGUUGGAUUCUCUGGAAGCUCCGAGCACAGGAACUGCACUCAGAGGAGGUAUGACUCUAAGAGAGGGAAUACAACUGAUGGAAAUCCUUUACAGAACAGGUAGAUUAGGAGCUUUGGAUUUAGUGGAAGUGAACCCAAGUAUAGGCACGGAAACAGAAGUAAACCGAACUAUAGACGCGGCAAUCCACGUCAUAAUGGCUGCUCUGGGACACUGUAGAAGAGGCAUAAGACCCAAGAACGUUCAUACUUUACCUUUACAAACAUUCCCACCUACCAGACAAGUUAUUUGAAAAAAAUAAUAAAAAUAAAACAAUUUUUAGGACAUUUUAUUGAAAAAUCAAUCUAAACAUAAGUUAACAACAUUUUAA